UUGAUGCCAUGCAAUUGGUUGUUUCUUUGGUGACACAUUUAAAAUCCAUUUGUCUACUCUCUUUAGCUACGGAUAUUGUUGAAUCCCUACCGAUGGAUGGUUACAGUUUAUCUAUGCCUGGCCCUCACUCACCGGACUACCAUGCCUCCCCAAUGUCAGAACUCGCCAACUGCUUUACGGGACUCCGCGCCUUUCACACAGGUGACACUCCUCGGAGAUGUCUGGACCUGUCCAACCUCAGCACUGGGAGUGUAGACGAUGCUGCUGCACAGGGAUCACCACACCUUGACAAGCCUACUUCUCCAGUGGCCUUGGACUCUCCUGCACCAAGUCGCAUGAAGACGUUGCGGUCCUUCCUGCCCAGAUUGCUGUGUAGCAGUCCAAAGCUUCAGCCCAGUGAACGUCCAUUCAGUAACAAGGAGAAUGUGGCCCCAGCGCAGAGAGCGCAGGGCAAGCCAGAGUGUUUGCUGCCUGCUCCAGACUCCCAGCUCCAAGGUGAUGGUGAGCCCUGUGCCCUGGGGAGCCCCAUCUUCCCUGCUCCUCCCUCCCGAACCCAGCACUCCCCAGGGGAUGCAGAUGGAUUCAUGGAAAUCCUGGAGCAGGAAGCUGAUGAGGGUUCUAUUGCUGUCGCCAUGUCAUGUAGCAUGGCACAGUUGCUGUCUGAACCCCUUAUGAACCAGGAAGUGGAUCUCUCCUCUGUAAGUUUCAGUGUGUCGCCAGGGGGACGCCGUCUCUUCCGAUCCCCUUCCAUGCCAGAGCGGUUGGCACGUCCACUGAAACGCACCUCCACCUCCCCCUCCCCAGCCAACCCCCGGCCACUCAAACGACACUGCACCUUCUCCGCCGUCUCAGAGGAGGUGGGCCAGGGAGAGGGAGACCAAGGGGCUGGAAUCAACAAUGAUAGGAAGCACCACCUGCAUAAGAGGACUCACUCUUUGUGUGAUGUGGAGCAGCAGCUGGGUGGGGAUGGGAUCAAUGCAGAACUCAUUGGAGACUUCAGCAAGGUGCAUGCCCUACCCAUUGUGACAGGGAGACAUCAAGGCUUGAAGUACAUCACGGUUGACACGAUGAGUGCUCUUCUGGAAGGGAAGUUCAGCUGUUUGGUUGAGUCUUUUGUUGUGGUGGACUGCCGCUACCCAUAUGAGUAUCAGGGAGGACACAUUAAGGGGGCGCUGAGCUUUCCCAACACAGACAAGGCAGUGGAUCAAUUGCUAUCCCAGAGGCUAAAAGCCCACUCUCCUGAUAAGAGGCUUGUGCUAGUGCUGCACUGUGAAUUCUCCUCUGAAAGAGCACCCAGAACGUGUCACCUCCUGCGCAGUGUGGACCGCAGUAUGAACGAGUACCCAGCCCUGCACUACCCUGAGCUCUAUGUCCUCAAGGGUGGCUACAGAGACUUCUACCACUCUCACCAGGAGCACUGUGAGCCCCAGGCCUACUGCCCCAUGCACCACGAGGACCACAGAGAGGAGCUUCUGCGGUGCCGCACACACAGCAGAGCCUUGGCCGAGGAGCGCCGCAGACGCCACCACAUUCAAACUCUCGUCAAACUCUGAGGAAGUCAUGUUGGGGGGGGGGGGGUGCCAGGUGAAGAACAGCCACUCAGAGGGACAGCUGAGUCAAAACGGUGACCUAAAGAUUGUCAAUUGAAUUAUCUUUGUCAAAAGAACAUAUGUGAUAACAAAUUGGCUUUUUGUUGUUUUAAUAGCUUUC